AUGGCAACAACAACAAUUACCACAACAAAUAACUAUCAUAAUCAUCAUUAUCAAGAAGAAGAAAAAGAAGAAAAAUCUAUUAAUAAUUAUAAAUAUGUUGAUGAAUUAUGUACAGACAUAUCUGAUUAUUUAGAAUAUUUGAGUAAAUUAGCAAAAAAAGAAAUUAGAAGUGACGAAAAAAUACAAUUAUCUGAUUCAGUUUAUAAAUUUAUAGAAGAUUAUAAAAAUUAUAAAAAUAAUCCUUUUCCAGCUUUUAGUAAUAAUAUGUAUAAAGAAGAUAUUGAUGGAAAAGAUGUUAGAAGACGUGAAGGUAGAAGAGGAGGAUUCUGGAAAUACUCAAAAUUCGACGAAGAAGCAUUUAAUGAAAAAAUCCAAAAUUAUAUUUUAUCAACUUCUUCAUCACAAAAUAUAACCAAGGUUGAUAAUAUAAAUGUAUUAGGUUUGCUUGAAUCAUUCUACGAUGCUAUAAUUACAAGUAACGUGAAUUAUGAAAAUGUUGAAGCUCACGAUGACGCAACUAUUACUAAAGAUAAAGAAACAUCAUCUACUUCUUAUGACAAUGAUGACGGGGACGAAAAUAGCUCAGCUGUUAGAUUAUUAAAAUCAAUUAAGCAUAAUAACGAUCUUAUAAUCAAGAAUAAUGAUCUUAUUAAAUCUUCUUCGUUUUCGUCUUAUUUAUCAUCACCGGAAUAUCUGUUCAACUUUAACCACUUGUUUGAUUCUUCCAAUUAUUCUAAAUGGGAUAGACUUGAUUCAUGGAUGGCUGAUUUAUGGAAUUCCUUCUCCCAAUUUUAUAGAAAUCAAUUUGGUGCACCAAAUGAUCAAGAAACCAACGAUGCAAUUCUAUUUGGUUACCUGGUUGUACGCGAAAGAUCCAAAGCUAUCAUCGCACACUUUCAUGAAUGGCUACCAGGAGUUGCCAUAGCCUUAUUUCGUAAACGAAGAACCGAUUUAACAACAAUUUUUACCAUACGUGCAACCUUAUUAGUGGAUGAAGAAGAAGCAGGAAAACGUGGAAUAUAUCACCGUUAUUGUAUUGAAUGCGCCGCAUUCCAUUGUGCCAAUGUUUUCAUCACUGUCAGUCAGAUCACUGCUUAUGAAGCCGAACUUUUAUUAAAAUGA